AUGGAAAUUGAAGGCGACGUGGGUGGUGUCGUCGUGGGUGAUCGUGUGGAGAGCGUCGAUGGCGCGCGCGCGCGGGUGCGAUGGACGGGCUCGGUGGACGGACGCUCGGGGCGAUGGAUUGGUUUGGAGUGGGACGACCCGACGCGAGGGAAACACGACGGUGUUGUCGACGGCGUUCGAUUGUUUACGUGCGCUGCGAGGAGCGGGGACGAUGCAAAGUCUCGACCGGCGUCGCUCGUGCGACCGCACAAGCUCGCUCGCGCGCAAACGUUCGCCGAAGCGUUUCGCGCGCGAUACGCACGAGAGCGUGAUGAGGACGAUGACACGACAAACGACAUGUACAUACGCACGGCGAGAGGACAUAAGAUGCGAGUAGAGCUGUGCGAGACGACGGCAGACGCGGACGCCGAUGCGGACGCGGUGAGGAAACGGUUAAAGUUGAUGACACGAGCGUACAUCGACCACGCGCGUGUGUCUAGCAUGGGCGAGCCCGGCGCGGCGAGCGCGUGUGCGGGACCUUUGCGGGUAUUGGGUUUAGCGGGUAGCUUGUUGAACUCAUGGGAUGGCGUGAUGCGUAUUGCGGAGGAGUUUCCACUCUUACAGGCGCUGGAUUUGAGCGGAAUUCGGCUUCACUCAUGGACCGGCGGUGGCGAGAAGACUUUCGCAAACCUGAAAGUUCUUGUUUUGAAUGAUUCUGACGUACGUUGGCGAGAUGUAUGCGCGAUUAGCGCGCACGUGCCCGAGCUCGAGGAGCUGUACAUAAAUGGGAACGGCAUGUCUUCCUUUGAGUUGGAUAAAGCCGCAACGUCGGUCUUCCCAAAACUACGCACGUUGAGCGUGGAGAGCAACGGAAUUCGCAAAUGGCGCGAAAUCGAAGCGAUUGGUCAUCAGCUACCACGUUUGGAGUCGCUGCAUGCAUCUGAGAACGCGCUUUCGGAAGUUCUCCCCACAUGUGCGUUCCCUGCGCUCAAGACAUUGCUCAUGGGCGAUAACGAGCUCAACUCUUGGACAUCCGUGGAUGCGCUGAAUUCAUUCCCUCAACUCGAGGACGUACGUUUGAGUGGAAAUCCAAUCGUAAACGCCGAUGCUUCCGUUCGUUACGAGGUCAUCGCGCGCGUCCAAGGGCUGAAGAUGCUGAAUGGUUCGUCGGUUUCACCAGCGGAACGCAAAGACUGCGAGAUUCGAUACUUGCGGAAAGCCUUACAAAAACUGAAGGACUUUUCCGGCGACAUCGAAGGCGAGAAGAACGCCAGACGAGAGAACCCUCGAAUCGACGCACUUGUCGCCGUACAUGGGGAGCUAGUCACGCACGCGGCGACCGCACCGGGUUCGGGAACGCUCGCGAGCGUUUCCGUCGAGCUCGUCCUGUGUCUUGAAUCCGCCGGUCGCACAAUGACGAAGAAACUUCCGAAGAGCACCACCGUGGGAAAAGUCAAGCUCAUGUGCUCCAAGCUCUUCAAAUUCACUGUCUCCUCGGCCGAGCUUUUCCUCAUCGUCGACGAGGACGAACGCGUGCCGCUCGCUCCGGACGACGAACCACUCUCGCGCUUCGCCCCAAGAAAUGGCCAACGCGUCGACAUCGUCCUAGCCUAG